GUUUUAUAUACAAACUCAGGCAGGCCUAACUGCAUGUGAAGACUCCUGAAAAAGCAGCCCAUAUCCUCCUCAGAAAAAAGAGCCCACGGACAGCCCACGCGGCCACGCCCAUCCACCCCUCAAAUCUAGCGACGCCGACGCCGACGCCGACGCCGACGACGACGCCCACCCCCGCCGGCCGCCGCCGUUCUGCUCCGCUUCCGGCGCCGCUGAGGAGCUUCCACUCUCCAAUGCGCCUCAGGAUUUUGUGAUGCCCAUCCCGUCCGUCUUCAAAGCCAUCCCUGCCGUUUGAAUUUUGAUCGAUCGCAAGGAAAGACACAAGAAAGAAUAAAGAGAGUGCAGUUGGAGUCGAAUCGAGUGAGCUAAUUGUUGCUGCCUGUGCCUGACUGCUGCUGGUAGUUUUAACAAUCGAAGAUGGGCCUCUCGCGUCAGUUUCUGAAUCUGCUCGUGGACAAUGGCAUCCCUAGAGCCAAAUCUCUGCACUGCGUCAAACUGACGCGCCACAGGUUGUUCAACACAACAAAACCUACUAUGCUGCCACUGAUUGGAGAUGGAAACGAACCGAAGAACAAUAAUCAGUCCAUGGAGAAGAUUGUGCUUCCGAGACCAAGCUUCAACCUGCAAUUACUAGGGCAAGAGGAAGACCGAAGGAGCGAAAUGCAGGAACAGAGGGAUGCCAAUGACGACGACAAGGAAGUCACUGAUGACGAAGAUUAUUCUAUGGACAUUCUAUUUCCAAAAAGUAGACACCGUGAUGGUUCUAUAUACAGGGGCAUCAUGGAUACAUGGUGGAAAAAGGAAUUGCGUAUUGCAGAUCGUAAUGAGAGUAAGCGAUUAUAUCUCUCUUUUUCUAUUUUUGAUUUGUUAUUAUCCUCCCUUACUCUUCUGCAGUGAUUCUAGAUGGUAUCGAGUUGUAUCACCAAUGGACUGGAAACCAUCCCAGCCAACUCCUACCAAACUACUACUACCAAACUGAUCUCAUCUAAAUAGAUGGCAUGUGUUGCAUAUUGUAUGCUUUGGGACAAAAGAUGCCGUACAGUUUAUGCCAAUAUCCCCUUCAAUCCACACUAGCCCCGUGCUCAAAUGCUUUCAUUGGAAGCAAUUGAUAUGCAUUUCGAGGCAAUGCUUCUUUGGGUGUUCCUAAAGAAAAAUUUUUCAGGGAGGAGCACACUUCCUAGUAAAAGGAACAUAGGUUAUUUGUACUUUGUAGAUGGAAGGAAAAAUUUCCAAUAAGGCCAUAUAAUCAUCGAAUAACACAUGUACUUUCAAAUGGCAAGUAUUUGUUUACUACAUUAAUUUCCGGUUACAAACUUACAUUUCGACGUUACUUUUUUAUGAAGCUCGGUUGGAAGCAAUGAGGUUUUCAGAUCCGACUAACUGUAUCAAGGACGAUGGAACUUGCUUGCAACAUCCUCCUAGAUGCAUGCUGCAAAUGUUAUCAUUAGAGUUGGCUGAAAUUCAUAAUGAUGGUUGCUUAGUAGAGUUGUACGGAUACAUAGCAGUGCGGGAUGAUCUGGAUCCAUUGCUUAAUUAUAUCAUCAAUUUUAGCAGGGAUGAUCCUAUCAUUGUGGAGCAGGGUUCGCUCAUCAACAUGAUGGGCCCUAAGCGAGGGAUAGAUUUGAUGGACUUUGCUCUAAUUGAAUUUGACGUGAGGAUCAAGACAGGCGAACAAGAAAAAGAUGACCUACAGCUAAUUGAUGGUGCAACACUCUUAUGGACUCCAGGCCUAUGGAAUCAGCCAUAUUCAAUUAAGAUCCCAGGCGAUUACGGUGCAGUUGACAUAACUGUAGCACACCUUAAUAAUGCAGUUGAGGCCACUGUAGAGGUUGUCAUAUCAGAAGUGCAAAGCGGUUUCAAUUUGCUGCUUGGUUGUUUAACCAGUGACUUGAAUAAGGAAAUGCGGCUCUUUGAUGGUGCCAUUGUUGAGUCGCGUUUCCUGAAGAGGUCGGUGGUUGCUGUAAAUUGGAAAUCUUCUAUAGAUUUGAAGUUCAAAGUGGGCGCAUCUCCAUCCAGUUUCGACCAACAUUGUGUUUCCUUCAAGCCGAAAAUCCAUGGCCAUGAUACUCAAGAAAUAAAGACUGAUUUUGCAUUAAUCUCAGUGAAGGUGACUUGGUCGACUUUGUUGCCUACUGGACUUGAUUGAUAGCUCUGUUUCUAUAACAGAGUGGGUCAAGAGUGACUAAAAAACUUGCAGCUUACUAAACCUAGGUGUGAUAAACUUGGAUAGUGAAGUAUUGUAAUAAAUCUGUCAUUCUAAUUAAGCCCUCCACCCCUAAAAAUGUAAUUUUAGUUAUGCAUCUGAAUAAGUACUUGUUGAGAUGCGUAAUUAGAAAUAAGGUCUUUUAGGGACGGUGGUGGCCCUACUUGCAUUUGUUUCGGCCCAGUUGCCAGGGAGAUAACAGUGCGGUUGUUUCGUCUUUCAGUGCUAGGGGUUGGAUUUAAUAUUAUGGAGGAAUUUUCCAGGCACAACCAUAGAGUGGAUUUUCUGUUUAUUUCUGAAUCGUAUGCUUUGUGGUUAUAGUUAUGGUUUUGGUACUAGUGCAUACACAUACAAAGGUUCUCAUUUUAUCACUACCUUUGCAACAAAGUGCAU